GAAGUAACCCUGUAAGAAAACGUCCUCGCGAUUCCCCCACGUGUCUGUGCGCCACGCUCUCAUGGUUGCGGUGAUGCAGACAAACAUGGGAGAGCUCGAGGACAGCACCGUGAGACCCAAAGUCACCGAUGCUAAAGGCAUUCUCAAACAGAACCGACAGUUCCUGGAUUACUUCUGGGACAUCGCGAAACCCGAGCGAGAAAUCCGCCUCAAAGCGAUAGAGGACUUGAUCGAACACUUGAAGCAGAGCGAGAAGCCGGAUGAGUUGAAGUAUUCACUGAAGAGACUAGUGGACGGUCUUUCUCACACAAGAGAAGACGCUCGGUCAGGAUACAGCGUUGCGCUCGCUCAGCUGCUGAGUGUAUUUGAGGAGAUCUCACUGAAAUCCACACUAGACAGCGUCAAAGAAAAGCACAACCUCCAGACAGCCAAAAAGAAAUUCAUCAGAAAUGCAGCGUUUGGGAAUUUCUUCGCGGUGCUCGCCCUGUCUCAGUCCACACGUCUGCAUAAGGAGCCUCAGGUCAUGUUGGAGUGUGUGCAGCUCCUGCAGAGUCUGUCCCGGUACAGAGAACACCUGAGAGACCUGCCCAGAAAAACCAUGGUCGACAUCCUGUCAGAGACGUCGAAGGAGGUGUUUGAAGAGGUGCUCCUGAGCGCCCUACAGUCUGACCUGACCUCUGCCCUCAACACUCCCGAGCAGCUCGAGCUCCUCCUGGUGACCAUGCAGAAGUUCCCCUCUGCGCUCAAACCCAAAAAACUCAAGAAACUAUUAGGAACCACAGCAGUCAUUACUAAAGAGAACAUGCCAAAGCUGGUGGAGGUUUUAAAGACGGCCGCUCGCUCUGUGAAGAAGGACAACAUUCUGCCCCCAGUCGCGUUUGACUUGUUACAGGCGUCUCUGCGGGAGGACAACUUCGAGAUGUUCUGGAAUGAAGCCAUUAUCAAAGGCAUGCUGUCAGAGAUGCCUGGUCCCACACAUUAUUUAGGUUUCCGGUUGUUGGGAGCAUCUCUGCCGCUGCUGUCAGUCCCUGAGCUCGAGUUUGUCCUGUCCGGUGAUGUGAUGAGAUACUACGGUCAACACAUGCUGUCCGCACAGCUGGCAUACCGAUUCAAGUUUGCUCCAGAAAUGGAGAAGUACGUGAGUGAGUUCAUGCAGGGCUGCCCUGAUGCUGACAAACAGCUCGUCGUGGCGCUCUGCUUCACUCAGCUCACUAACCAGGGCUACCCCGUGGUCCCGUCCUCCUGGAAGGUUCUGGAGCACAUGGAUCUGUGUGCGCUGCAGCAGUAUGUGGAGUGGCUGAUGAAGGCCUUCUGCAAGCCCCAGCUGGAGAAAUGCCUGGACUUCAGCACCCGCAGACAGAAAGGAAACCAGGAGUCUGAAGUAGAGAGUGACAGCUGUGUUGCCAGGUUUCGUAAAUGGAUCGUUCAACGCCUCUCUUUCAUUGUGGAAAACCAUCAGAUUAAGAAAGAGGAGGGUCUUGUCAUGAAAAUGGCUAGGUUUAUUUUCUUCCACGCCUUCUUUGAUGUGAAGAAACCCACUCCAGAAAUCCCUGAGACGGUGCAGGCUCUCUCAGUGCCCAUAGAUCAACAAACACGAGCCACUAUCUCUUCAGCCUUCUACGGUCUUCUGCAGGGCUUGAACUCGAUGGCUGUGCUAGGAGAUUCUCCUGAGGCGGAGAGGCUGAACUCCAGGAGGAUUCUGGGUGUGAAAGCUGAUGGAAGCAUGUGGAUCUACUGUGUGGUCCAGUACGCCACCACGCUGCUCAACCAGAGCAAACACGUCCAGAGCGUUCAGACCCUGAGUCCAGAGCAGAGGCAGGGCUGGGACAGUAUGCUGGAAUCAGUGGAGGCCUUGAGGAAAAAAGCAAAGAAGUCGUCUUCACCUGAACACACGGCAUUUCAGCACCUCUUCCUUCUCGUUGGGAUUCAGAUGUUCAAGGCUCCAGAUGAAAGUUUGGAGCUGUUGAAUGAUUUGCGGACCUGCGUGGAGAAAGCUCAGGCUAAGAAAUCUAAAAAGAAGAAAGCGAAUGGCGAGAGCUGUAAUGAGGAGCCACACUGGGUGGAGGUGGUUGUUGAGAUCCUGCUAUCGCUCCUGUCUCAGCCCAGUCGUCUCAUUCGCAGUGUGUGUAAAGCUGUGUUUAGCCGUAUCUGUCCUCACCUCACCCAAGAAGCGCUCAGCUCCAUCCUGAACGUUCUAGACCCCAACAAGGAUGAGGAUGAAAGCGGCGUUAUGGUGACUGAUGAGAAGGAGAAAGAGAAAAAGAGAAAACGUAACGAGGAGGACAAGCAAGAUGAUGAGGAGGAGGAGGAUGAAGAGGGUUCUGAUUCCUCCUCCUCUGAUGAUGGUGAUGAGGAUGAAGCCAUGGAGGAAGGAAAAGAGGUGGAUCAGAAAUUCCGUUUGGAUUUGAUGAAGGUUCUGCAGGGUCAGAACGCUCUGGCCACUGAAGAUGAUGGCAGUGACGAAGAGGAACUGGAUGAUGCGGGCAUGAUGAAGCUGGACGGAAGCCUGGCUGCUCUCUUUCUGGAGCAGAAGAAAAAGAUCCAGGCCAAAAAAGACGAGAAGGACAGACUCCGCAAAGAAAAGGUCCUCGUUCGGGACUUCAGGAUUAAAGUUCUAGACCCCAACAAGGAUGAGGAUGAAAGCGGCGUUAUGGUGACUGAUGAGAAGGAGAAAGAGAAAAAGAGAAAACGUAACGAGGAGGACAAGCAAGAUGAUGAGGAGGAGGAGGAUGAAGAGGGUUCUGAUUCCUCCUCCUCUGAUGAUGGUGAUGAGGAUGAAGCCAUGGAGGAAGGAAAAGAGGUGGAUCAGAAAUUCCGUUUGGAUUUGAUGAAGGUUCUGCAGGGUCAGAACGCUCUGGCCACUGAAGAUGAUGGCAGUGACGAAGAGGAACUGGAUGAUGCGGGCAUGAUGAAGCUGGACGGAAGCCUGGCUGCUCUCUUUCUGGAGCAGAAGAAAAAGAUCCAGGCCAAAAAAGACGAGAAGGACAGACUCCGCAAAGAAAAGGUCCUCGUUCGGGACUUCAGGAUUAAAGUACUGGACAUGGUGGAGAUGUUCUUGAGCAAACAGGGGAGCAGCGCUCUGGUUCUUGGGAUGGUGGAACCGCUGCUCAGCGUGAUCGAGAAUGGGAUGAGCUCCGAAACCAGCCAACAGGAGCAGGACUUCCUGCGCAGGGCUGCAGACAUCUUCAGGAAUCGACUCUGUCGUGCGAAGUAUUACUGCAGGGAAACCGACGGACGAGAGGCGGAGCUUCAUGAAAUGCUUGAGCGUCUGAUUGGUCGAGCCCAGAAGCUGACAGACUCGUCUGUGUCUCUGUACUACUUCAGUGCUGCUCUCUAUGUGCUGAAGGUGUUAAGAGGCGUUGUGAGUGAACAGGACUCAGCAAACGCACCGUCAACACCGGCAGAGCUAAGGCUUAUGGGUAAAGUGGAUGUUGAGAGGGUCACGACUUGCUUCAGAAACGCAUUGACAUCUUUCUUGACGAAGAGGAAAAGCCCUCUCACUGGAGCCAUGUUCAUCGACCUCUUCAGCAGAUUCCCUGUGUUGUGUGUGAACAUGUUGGACACGGCUGUGGAGAACAUCACUGCUGGAGUGAGGGAACAUCAGCAGGGUCAGGCAUGUCUCAUGGUGCUCAGGGCCCUACAGUCUAAAGAUGUGAAGAACCUGAUGUCUGAUGCCCAGGGAACUGAGCUGCAUCAGAAAGUUGUGGACCAACUCACCAAGAAGAUGCCGGUUAAUCUGGAGCUCCUUCAGAAAGUUCUCAAGUCCAUAAACGCUGAAGGAAGCCUGCAGAAACCAGGACAGCUGGAGGACACGUACUGGAGCAUAGUCAAGGCGCUAGAGCUCUGUCAGCAUCUUGUCAGAUCCGUUCACAAUCAGAAGAUGCCGGUUAAUCUGGAGCUCCUUCAGAAAGUUCUCAAGUCCAUAAACGCUGAAGGAAGCCUGCAGAAACCAGGACAGCUAGAGGACACGUACUGGAGCGUGAUGAAGUUAUUUUACAUUCUAAAGCCAAAGAUGGAAAAGGUGAAGAAAGUUGUAGAGGCAGAGCAGACAGAAGAGACCACAAAGAAGAAGAAGAAGAAAGGGUUCCUUCCUGAGACGAAGAAACGCAAGAACCGUAAGAAGCCCACCGUCCUGGAGGGAAAAGAGACACCAGAAACCCCUGAAGGAGCAUCAGGAGAGAAGAAGAAGAAGAACAAGAAGAGGAAACAGCAGGGAGGAGAAGGAGAAGAGACACAAAAUCAGCCGGCCACGAAGAAAGCCAAAACACAGCAGCAACAAAACAAGAAGAAGAAAAAGAAAGGAGGACAGCAGGAGGCUGAUGGGAAAUAAUUGCACAAUAUGAUGUAACUGAUGCAACUCAAUGUGAAGAGAGAAACUCCAUUAUUGUUUCCGAGAUCUGUAUUAUUUGCCUGUUUGUGAUUACUUGCAUGAUACAAUUUUUGUAAAAGCAAUAGAUGAAAUACUAAAAGGUGUUUUAUUCUU